UAAAAAGAAGUAUCCUCCAACUAAAGACUUGCCUGAAGGUUAUCGUAAACGAAUUCUGGUAAGAAGCUGUUGUUAAACUCAGUCCCAUAUAUACACAUAAUAAGAUGAGAACAUUCCACAGGAUCCAAUGGCCGACACUAGGGGUGGCGAAAGGGAGGAGGGAUUCUAUCAUUAAAUGACGUCACAACUUUCAAGAGUGGAACGCUUAUAGAUAACUUCCGCUUUAUUUUAAAAUAUAGCAAUUAGCAUUAAAAUGACCCCAGAAAUGUUCACGAUACAUAAUAAUUUUACUCCGGUUGUGACGUCACGCAUACCCAACGAUGGAUGUGCAUAUCCAAGAUGGUGGAAUGCAUAAGUAUUUCGUUUCAAAUGAAAGGUAAUAUCUGCUAUACCAAGAACGAUAAAGGAAAUCUGCAAUAAAAUUUUGAAAUUUAUUGAAUCACUCUUUCGAUAACUCAUUUCUAUUCCCUUAUAAACGAGUACAAAUAUUAAACAACUUGUAGAAAUUAUUGAAGGAUAUAGAUUUUGUUGUUUUGUUGUCGUAUCUAGAGCAAUAUGCCUAGAACUUCAACUUUGGGCCUCCCUGAGUCCUCAAAGGAGUUACGCCAGGGAGAGCAUUGUAGAACUGAUAGGUAUAUGAACCAAUUUUCCAUUUCUCACGAAACGGCGCAGCAAAUCAAAGCGCCUGGGGACGAGGCUGUAUACGAAUAAAGUUAGUUUUAGUUUAAUUAGUACACUCGGCGUGUUCAAUUGGUAAAUUUAAUUUUGUUUUCUGUAGAUCACAGGAGGAGCUGGUUUUGUUGGUUCACACUUGACGGAUGCUCUUAUGAUGGCAGGUCACGAGGUUUGUGAGAAACAUUGUAUAAGAAGUAUCCGUAUUCGAGAAAUUGUAAGCUUGGCCAUUCCCCAAAUCUCUUUGGCAAAAAGGGGGGUGUGCAAGGCGGGGGAGGGGAUUUCCUUAUAAAAUCCAUAUUCGAGCACCCUAACCACAAUCAGGCCUUUCAAUCCUGCCGUUCUAUAAAACACUGCUGCACACAGCUCCUGUACAAUAGUAAUUAUACACUUGAUCAACAGUGUCAGUCGCACCCGAACCAUCACCAUACCUUCCUGCUAGACCUGGCUGAAUCCAUCCACGUUAUCGCACCCUCUAUACUGAUUUUAUCUUGCAUGUUUUUAUCUAUUGUGGCAACCGGCUUCAAUUGGUGAUUUUCCACAUGUAACUACUGUUUCUAACUACUGUUUUAGGUGACCGUGGUAGACAAUUAUUUCACUGGUCGCAAGCGAAAUGUGGAGCACUGGUAAAGAUCUUGUAAAUUCUAAUUUAUUUUAAGUCACGUUUACAAAUUGCGACUUGUCCGACUGAUUUCAGAUUUUUAAUCUAAGACUACGUUUACACCACGCCAGAGCGAAAUAAUGACGACACUUUUUACGUCUGUUCACACUAAACCGUUAGGGGCGGACCAUUUGACUUUUGAGGGGGGGGGGGCCGGAAGAUUCAGACUGUGCAAGAAUUUUUUCCCGCCCAGGCGAACAAGUCAGAUCUUUUUUUCCUGUAAAAGUGCAGCGCACGAUAUUUUCCCCAAUAUAUUUCGCGGCAGGAUAUUUUUUUGCUUCUCAUAAUAAUGGCUUACAGUAACUUAAGGCUUUCUUAUUUUUCACCCGUUUAAUAAUCACCUGCAAUGUCUCUGUCUAAUAUUCACCUGCAAUGUCUUUGCAGCACAAAAAAUGAGAAAAAAUAACAUAACGAAGGCAAUAUGGCAGUAAGAAUUAUUUCUAUUCUGACUCAUUAACGCGACCUCGCAAUGUGAAAAAUAAGUACGUUAUACAUAUAGCUAUCGUCAGAGAGUAGCUGAGUUUUUCAGUCAGAGGAGGCCGAGAAAAUCCCAAGAGGGGCCAAGGAAUUUUCACUGUGCUUUAUUUUAUAUGUCUUACUGUUCCUAAAGCGUGUAAGUUUACUUACAAAAAAUGUAUAACUGCACCAAACCCCAGCUAUCAAACUGCAAAUCUAACAUAACAGUUACUUGGUAUUAUGGUAAACAAAGAACACUCCUAUUCCAGGGAAAGGAAGGGUAUUUGCUGAAAGACGUUUUAAUAAAAUUUUGUGAAGCGAACUCUACGUUAAAGUACUCAGAACCUCAAGCGUCGCCUAAGCAAGCUGAUUGCUAUGAAGUGGUUUGCACUGUAACUGCGUCCGUUGAAAGAACUAUUACACCUAACGCAGAGAAUUUAACCAACUUGUCUAAUAUCGAUGACUUAAGUAAUAUAUCUCAGUCAGAUGCUCUAUUUAAUAUAUCCAAAAUCGAUGAUAUACUAACAAGCUCUGAUGCUUCUACUAUAAAGGAACUUGAGGGCUUUAUCGACAGGUCAUUUUGUAGUGCUUUUGGGCUGCCUGAUUUUGCCCAACCGACGGACAUGUCUACUCCAUCUAACCGACAAACUGAUGGAAAUCUAGCCAAACUUGAAUCACAAUUUUUCACGUUUAAGGAAAGUGUUGAGGCACAGCUGCAAAAUUUAUCUUAUAAACUCUCUGAGCAGAAUAACAUCAUUAAGUCAAAUAAACAAGAACUAUGCAAAUUAAACUGUGAAAAUUUGCAUUUAAAAUCAUGUAUCUCAGAGUUAGAAGUGAAAUUGCUGUCAACGAAUACAUCAAAUACGAACUGUAGUUUGGAUCUGGAAAGUCUAAUGGUUAAAGAAAAUGCUUUCCCAACUGUAAAUGCUGAUGUCUGUAUUACUUCUAGUGGCUGUUCACCUGAAACUAAUAACAGUCAUGAAAACGUUAAUCAACCAACCGUGGACUCUGACCUUGACCCUCCAGUGUCCGAAAUGAAUAAUCACUCAAAGGAAUCCAUUGAAGCAGUACAGCUCUCAAUUUCUGUUACCAAGGAACGAGCAGCUACCCCAAUCACUCAAGCGACCAAUGAUAACAGCAAUAUAGAACCAAAUGUUGGAAAAUCUUUCGUCUUAGCAUGCACCUCCACAACGGAACAAUAUCGAAUGGUUAGGUCGCUUACCGUUGAUUGAAACACUAAACCAGGCUAACCAAACUUCGUUCUGCAACACUAAAAGUAGAAGUAUUAGUGUUUUUAAAAACCGCGACACCGAGUAUUAUAAAGGUUGUCAGACAAAUUCAAAGCCUUUAACUUCACCAAGGCAUAAUAACAUACGUAAUUCCCCUGGUCGACCCCCUUUUUUAAAACGUCAGAACAUCAAACCACCAUCAUAUCGAACAUCUCAUCGUCAUCACUCACUAGAGUGGUUGAUCCAUCUGGAUGUGGUGUACCGCAUGAUGAGACAAUGAGAAUACCAGUCAGAAUCACCUCGCGCUACCAUACACAGAAUAUGACUCAAAAUGGACCAAAUUUUCGAAUCUAGUAAAUAUUCAAAUUGUAAACUCUAGGGAAAAGACCCUAACUGCGAUAACAAAAGAACAUGUUCCAAAACCGCUUUCGGAUAUGCAAAGAUCGAAACUUAGAAUUGCUCACCUAAGUGUUCGCUCAAUUAAGAAUAGGAAUCAUCUUAUACAGGUUCGAGAACUUAUGAAGGACAGGAACUAUGAUAUUUUAGCCUUGUCAGAGUCGUGGUUAAACUCCACGGUGACAAACGCGGAAGUAGAAAUCGAGGGCUUUAAACUAACAAGAUUGGACCGUUUGGGAAAGACUGGAGGGGGUGUUUGUGUCUAUUCUAAAUCGUCGAUUAAAGUCAAACGUCUCAAAAACAUAACAGGGAUAUCUGAAUUCGGAUUUCAUCAGCUAUGGAUGCUAAUACAACUCAGGAAACUAAGAUCAAUUCUCCUCUGUGUGACAUAUAGGCCUGAUUAUUGUCCUACUUCAACCUUUCAUGAUAUUUUCAUGGAAAAUUAUAUACAUGCUCUCACAUUAGGAAAAGAGAUAAUUGUUGUAGGCGAUUUAAAUUGUGAUUUGCUGAAACCGGAUUCUCCAGAGGCUAUGUCGCUACUAGAUUUUUGUACAAGUGUGAAUCAAACUCAAUUGAUAAAAGAACCUACACGAGUAACAGAAACGUCAUCUUCCCUUAUUGAUAUUAUUAUGACGUCGAAUGUCAGUUUAGUAGAAAAUCAUGGGGUUGCUUUAUCUCACAUUAGUGAUCACUAUCUAAUAUAUGCUUCUUUGAAACUUAAGAUGUUGAAGCCGCCACCUAGUUAUAAAUGUGUGAGAUCCUACAAAAACUACAAACCUGAUAGUUUCCUCGCGGAUUUACAACGAAUACCUUGGUACGAUAUUUCCAUCAUGGAUGAUGCAAAUGUAAUGCUAGACCAUUUCAAUGAGAGGUUUCUCCAUGUACUGGAAACACAUGCACCUGUGAAAACAGUGAGGAUUAAACACCGCAGCUGCCCCUUUAUUAGCACAGAAAUUCGCGAACUUAUGCAAUACAGAAAUAACCUAUUGAAAACGGCUCGAAGUACUAAAUUAACAACAGACUGGGAAAUGUAUCGUAAACUAAGAAAAGAAGUAAAAUCCAAACUGAGAGAUGCCGAAAGGGAAUAUGUACGGAAAGAACUAGAGCACAGUCACAACACUAAUUCAAAGUGGAAGAUAAUUAAGAAUUGUAUUCCUCGUAAAGAAAGCACUCAACAAGUCUACACAAAGGAUAUGAAAGAAGUUGCUAAUGAGUUUAAUCAGUUUUUCACCUCAGUUGGUAGGAGAGUAUCAGAAGAUUGCACAUCUUUAAUAGAAUUAUAUAACCUGCCUGCACCUCCAACAAGUGUUUCGCUGUCUGUCGCUGAGUCACAAAAUUUUAGGUUUGUUCCUGUCUCGUGUGAAGAAGUACGAAGGACAGUUAUGGCAUUCCAUUCGAACAAAGCUCCUGGCCAUGACAAAGUACGAAUGUCUACAAUAAAGGAUGCACUUCCAUGUAUUCUCCCAGUUAUUACUGACAUGAUAAAUCGCUCGUUACAGACUUCAGUCUUUCCAUCAGCCUGGAAAAUAUCAGAAGUAAUACCACUUCUUAAAGAGGGAGAUCACGAA